CGUGCAUGAACUUUAUGCUGUUUGCAAUGAGCUUAUUGUUGUGUCCAUGCUGAUUUAGCGACUCCCUUGUCCGAAACGACUCCCUGUGCCACUGGACACUUAGCCAACCCGCCUGCCUGGGGCGGCACAAUAUCCAGGUCAUCGCAACAUUGCCUUUGGUUCCAACGGGAUGGUCCAGCUUUCGCCAAGGAGUCAGCAGUGCUGUGGAACAGCCCAGAGAUACAUCCCUCUAUGCAGGGGAACCAGGUCUUGCAUCCGGUCCAGGGCCGUCCGUUGCUUUAAGGGCGGUGCAGACGAAAUAAGCAACAAGCCCAACAACCCUCUCCGGUUAAACUUCAAGAUUCCGUAUCGGGUCAACUUCGGACAGUCUUUGGGCUUGGUUGGCUCAGGCGACUCGCUUGGCAACUGGGACCCCAAGCGGACAGUGCAAAUGAAGUGGACGGACGGCGAUUGGUGGACAGUGGAGCUAAGCAUAUCACCCGGGGGCGCUUUGGACCUGGAGUACAAGUAUGUUGUGGUUAACCAGGAUGGCAACAUUGGUUACUGGAAGCCCGGCAGUAAUUACCGUGUUACCCUUCCACUUCAACCGAGUGGCACGAAAAUUCCAAAGCGGGUUAAAGUUGCGGAUGCUUGGGAUGAUUCGUUCAAGAAGGUGGACAUAGAGGAGGCGGAGGUUCAGGCUGCUGGGUCCAGCAGCAACGGCACCGCCGGGCAUGCGGCUGCGCCAAAGGCCUCCAGCAAUGGCACACCGCCGCCGACCCAGGCAACAGGGAUUCCGGCUGCGACUCCACAACCUGCUGUGCCGCCUGUAGGAAGCGUGGCAUCGCGUGCUGCAUCUCCCCGAGUAGUUCCUUCCAACUUUGCAGCGGCUACGGCCAUUCCUGUGAUUCACCCAUCGUUGAUGGCGGAGCAGGAGCGCCUUGAGGACGGGGUGCGGAAUUCGCUCGAGGACCUGCAAGCGCAAAUGGACAAGCACCAGCAGCUAAGGGAACGAAACGACGAUCCCGCGGCUGUUGAGGUUCUCGUGGCCGACCGGAUUGUGGCAGCCGCUAAUAACCGAGUGGUCGCAUAUAACAAGGCGCUGAAGGCCGUGCAGGAAUACAACCGACUUCCCCCCUCUGCCAGCACUGCCAAGGAAGCCACUUCCGACAUUCCGAAGUAGUCCGGAUGCCCUUGGGGGCUUCCAACGACUUUUGCCUGGACACAACGGGACGCUUGCGUGCCGGUAUAAUUUGGCUUGGGUAUUGGCUGCAGCUACGCAGCUUCGCGCGGAAGGGCUGUGCAGGGGUUGUCGUCGCCUAGCCGUUUUUGCUUACCCGGAUGGCCCCAGACAGAGCGUGUGUGCUCAGCGUGCGAGCUCCAGUUUCCGUUUCUGUUUUGAUCUUUGUCCGGUCGGUUUCUUCCGUACUGUUUGUGGUGUGUUAUGUUCGUGUGGAGCGGUGUGUGAACGGAAUGUCAGCAUUCGAAGCCCGCAGAGUUGUCCCCCUGUACCAUCAAGUGCACUGCGUACCUGACAUAGUUUGAACUCUUGGCCGUGUACGGGCGGCCCUACAAUUUGGCGCUUUCCUUCCUCUGCGGUGCUUUCCACACGUUUGUCUCUUUCUUCGGGGCACGGCACUACGGUGCUCCGCUUUCGUUUGCCGUGCAUGGCGCAUGUGUGAUAUUCUUUUAUGUGGGCCCCGUUGCUUGUGACCACACCCGCGGUCACCUCAAGGUUGGGUUGCCACGUCAUGCACUGUGAAGAGCUGCUGAUUGCUUGUAGGAGGUGAUAAUGCGCAGGUGGUUGGCCUUCGAUGGCCGUGCUGAUUGACCUGAAUCCCUAGACCUGAAACUUUUUCGCGAGAUGGUGAUAACUGUGUAUAUGGUGUAAUGUACCAGGGCAGGAG